AUGCAGAGUACUCUGCUCCUAGUAGCUCCCGCAUUGUUUGCCGCUAGUAUAUAUAUGGAGCUGGGUCGACUCAUUCGGCUCGUCAAGGGGGGAAGGUUCGCCAUCAUCCCCGUCACAUGGAUGACGAAGAUCUUCGUUGCCGGAGAUGUCCUGAGCUUCUUAAUGCAGGCCUCAGGCGCCGGUCUUCUGGUCAAGGGAGACCUUAAAAUGGGUGAGAACGUGAUAAUUGGCGGUCUCUUUGUCCAGAUCAUCUUCUUCGGAUUCUUCAUGAUCAGCGCCCUCCUUUUCCAGCGGCGGAUUGCUGCCCAUUCCACCCCAGAGUCUGUUUCAGAUUACAUCCCUUGGCAGAAGCACAUGGGCGCAUUGUAUGCAUCGAGCAUUCUGAUCUUAAUUCGAUCUUCCUUUCGCGUCGUUGAAUAUAUUCAAGGUUCGGACGGCACUUUGUUGCGGAAUGAGGUGUUCAUAUACGUCCUUGACGGACUCUUGAUGUGGUUUGUCAUGGUUAUAUUCAUUGUCAUUCACCCAAGCGAGGUCAAUUGUCUUCUGGGUCGGGGAAAAUAUAUGACAGUCAAAGGAGGAUUGCAGAUUUGUGAGGCCCCAAUGUCUGUUUAG